AUGGCACCUAGCAAGAGGAUGAGUUACAUGGCCGACAUGGAUGCGCCAACGCUACACCAACAACAUGAUCCUCACCCCGACGCGAGUCCCUGGUCUCGACCUCCUCCUCCAGGUCUUGGCCAUGACCAGGGACCCCCGCCCAUGAGCAUCGUGAUCCAGAUCGUCGGAUCCAGGGGCGACGUGCAGCCGUUCGUGGCGCUGGGCAAGGCCCUCUUGGCGUACGGCCACCGCGUGAGAAUAGCCACUCACGAGACGUUUGCCAGUUUUGUCCAGGACAACGCCCUCGAGUUCUUUUGCAUCGGGGGCGAUCCUGCCGAGCUCAUGGCGUCUAUGGUCAAGAAGCCAGGACUCAGGCCUGAGUCUAAUGCCCUAGCAGCUAUCGAGGCGAGCAAGCGACGUCGUGUCAUUGAGGAGACGAUGUCUGGAUGCUGGAUGUCGUGCAUUGAUGUGGGCGAUGGCUUGAAAACUACCACCGACGGACAGAGGCCGUUUGUGGCCGACGCCAUCAUCGCCAACCCGCCCAGCUUUGCCCACAUCCAUAUCGCUGAAAGGCUCAGUAUCCCUCUUCACCUCAUGUUCACUAUGCCGUGGUCACCGACAACUGCCUUCCCUCACCCAAUGGCCAACAUUCAGCAGCACGCAGUGACGGAUGCAGCCUCGGCGAACUAUAUGUCGUACACCAUGGCCGAUCUCAUGACCUGGAAGGGACUCGGAGAUGUGAUUAACAGGUUCAGAACAGAGGUGCUCGAGCUGGACCCUAUCUCACUCACGUCGGCACCUGGCUUGCUGGAGCGGCUGCGUGUCCCGUACACAUAUUGCUGGUCCCCGGCCCUAAUCCCCAAACCUGGGGACUGGGGUGACAACAUUGACGUAUCGGGCUUCUUCCUGGACCUCGCUUCGUCGUUCACGCCACCCACGGAUCUAGAUGCGUUCCUUCGCGCCGGUCCGCCGCCUGUAUACAUCGGCUUUGGGUCUAUCAUUGUCCACAAUCCUGGAGAGCUUACCAAGACCAUCUUCGAGGCAGUGCGGCUAGCUGGAGUCCGGGCUCUUGUAUCCAAAGGCUGGGGCGGCAUCGGCGAGGACGGUCAAGCGCCCGAGGGAGUGUUUAUCCUCGGCGACGUACCCCACGACUGGCUGUUUAGCCGCGUCUCGGCCGUAUGCCACCACGGCGGCGCAGGCACCUGCUCUGCGAGUAUCAAGGCCGGUCGUCCAACUGUCGUGGUUCCCUUCUUCGGAGAUCAGCCAUUCUGGGGCGCCAUGGUGAGUCAAGCCGGUGCUGGGCCUGAGCCCAUCCCAUGCGCCGACUUGACAGCCGAGAAGCUUGCCGCAGCGAUCCGCUACUGUCUUCUGCCUGAGACGCAGGCCAGGGCCCAAGAGCUAGGUUCCAAGGUCCGAGGGGAGGCUGGAACGGCCGAAGGCUGCAAGAGCUUCCACCGCCAGCUCCAGAGUCGCGAUCUUGCGUGCAAUGCCGCUCCGGAGAGAUGUGCGGCAUGGAAGGUCAAGAGGACGGCUGUCAAGCUGAGCCCCUUUGCUGCGGCGGUACUUGUCCGAACUGGUGAACUGGAGUACUCGGACCUGAAGCUGUACAGAUCAGUUGAAUACAACACUGAGGAGCAGCAGGAACCGAGCAACAGUCAUGCCGCCGAAGUCUCUGAGGGCUUCCGCAGCCUAACUCUUGAGCCUGCAGCUGACAUCUCUGGUAUCCCGGCUUACUCGUUGCCGAGCAUUAAUCCUCAUCUCCGGGCCUUGUUCUCGAGCGGCGUGUCUGACGACAUUGUUGAGUGGCGCAUCCAACAGGGCGAGGACGACUUGAAAACGUCGUUAGACAGUGACCAGCAAGCGGUGCUGGCGAGAUGGAGGAGUCUUCAAUAG